AAAUUGCAGAACAAGGAUACAAAGGUUUAGUAAUAGGCAACGACGCACCAAACUUUUCAGUGGGAGCCAACUUAAUGAUGAUUGCUAUGAUGGCAAUGGAUCAAGAAUAUGACGAAUUAGAUAUCGCUAUUCGACAGUUUCAAAAAACAACAAUGCGUUGUAGAUAUUCAGGAAUUCCAGUAGUGUCUGCACCUCACGGAAUGACUUUAGGCGGUGGCUGCGAAGUAACAUUACAUUCAGAUGCAGUAGUGGCAGCAGCAGAAACAUACAUGGGAUUAGUAGAAGUUGGUGUUGGUUUAAUUCCUGGUGGCGGUGGUACUAAAGAAAUGGUAUUACGUACUUCAGAUUCAAUUAAAAAUGGCGACCCAAUUUUACCUACUUUACAAGAUAAUUUCUUAGCAGUUGCUAUGGCAAAAACCUCAUUCUCUGGAUUUGAAACAUUUGGAUUAAACUUAAUGAGAAAUGACAAAGAUAGAGUAGUUCUAAAUUCAAAAAGAGUGAUAGCAGAAGCUAAAAAAGAAGCACUAUAUUUAGCUGACAAAGGAUAUACGCAACCAGCAGCACGAAAUGAUAUUCAAGUAUUAGGUAGAACUGGUUUAGGUACGCUGACUAUUGGUGUAGAAUCAUUUGUUGCAGGUGGUUAUAUUUCAGAGCAUGAUGCUAAAAUUGCUAAGAAAAUAGCUUAUGUAAUGUGUGGCGUAGCAGGAUAUCGUUCCGCAAUAGGAAAAGCCAAAAAAGGUGGAUUCCGUUUUUAUCGCCCAGAUGAUUUGGGUGCAGAUGUGGUUAAACAUCUUGUAGCAUCAGUUCCAAACUUAGAUCCAUCACGAAUUGAUGAUUUAAUUUGUGGAAAUGCCAUUCCAGAGGCAGAACAAGGUAUGCAAAUUGGUCGUAUGAUUGUAUUGCGUGCUGGACUUCCUUUAAGUAUUGCUGGUGUUACAGUUAAUCGUUAUUGUGCAUCAGGUUUAGAAACCAUUGCAAUGGCAACUGCAAAAAUUAAAGCAGGUAUGGCAGAUUGUAUCAUUGCUGGUGGUGUAGAGUCUAUGUCGUUGUUACCAAUGACUGGCUGGCGAACAGUUUUGAAUUAUGAAAUUGCUAAAAACACAUGGGAUUAUUAUUCAUCUAUGGGUUUAACUGCUGAAGCUGUAGCAGCUCAGUAUCAGAUAAGUAGAGAACAACAAGAUACAUUUUCUUAUAAUUCACAUCAAAAAGCAAUGAAAGCAAUUGAAGAAGGAAAAUUCAAAGAUGAAAUUGUUCCUAUUACAGUUGAAGAAAUUUAUUUAGAUGAAAAAAAUAAACGUAAAUCUAAAAAAUAUACAGUAGAUACAGAUGAAGGUCCAAGAAAAGACACAACUGUAGAAGGUUUA